AUGAGCGCAUUCCCGCCCAAAGUGAUUGAGGACUUGGAUUUGGAAAUAAAAGCACGAGACGAGAUCAUUGGCAAACUUGUGAACAAGAACCGAUCGCUGACACUAGCUUAUGGUGAUUUAUGGGACAAAUAUGAGUCGAAGGAAGCAGAUCUUAGUAUACAGCUGCAAAAUAUUAGGGCGCGCGUGGCCGAAACCACAAAGCACCUCAAGCAAGCCUCUGGUCAAUCCCGGGCCACAAAAGAGGUGGUUUCGGCUGUGCUCGAGGGUCAACGCAGACUCAGCCAGCAUUCCAACCAACCUUCAAAGUGGAAUACAAGCUGCCCCGGUUGCUCUGAGGUGUUUGGCUUCGCUGAAGCUAUUUGCAACGCUGCCAUAGUCUCCAGCCACGUUUCAGACAAAUUUGCGGCCUUGGAAGGCCUUCUGGCAAAACAGAAGCUACGUAAAGACUCCAGCCAGCCUCCUCAGCCCUCUGCCUGCAAUUCCGCCGAGGUGAGUUCUGUUCUGCGCGAAGUCUUUGCCAUCUUCGAGCCUGUCCUUGAAAGUCCUCCGGUCAAAGAGAUGAAAGAACUGGAACAGCGCCUCAAAGAAGCCGAGGCAGAAGUUGCAAGACUCACUGAACUCACCAAACGUUUACAGAGAGACCUCCAGGAAAGCCAACUUUCGCAGUCGCGGACUUCCGUCUCCAGUUUCGCGCCUUCUGAAUCUCGCCGGCAAAAGGGAGAGGAGACCUUGACCUCGGAAUCGGAGGCGCUUAUCGCCGCCAAGCAGUUAGAGUUGGAGGAGUUGCGACGGCAGGACAUUAAUUGGGACAGCAAGGUGGUUCCGCUGUUGGAGAUGAGUGCCGAAAUUGCAGCCAUGCGCAAGUCGGCCGCCACUUCGUCUGCUAAACGUGUUGUUAAAGAGGCAGAGACCGUCGCGCCUCCUCCUCUAACCAGUUCCACCGAAGAGGAUGUCUCUCAGGGCUCCUCUGUGACCUACACAAGGACGGAUGGACCGCAGUCGCUCGACCUGGCCGAACUUGAGGCGCGUAUUGCGGAGGUGCGGGCUGACCUCUCCAACUUUGUCCGGAUUUUCAGUCAGGAGGAA